AUGACGAAUAGCAGACGGAAGAAUAAACACCCGAAACGAGCGGAAAACGUAAAGACGGUGGUGGUUGCGAGUGGUGAAAAGAGAGAAGAAGAGGGAGAAGAAGACGAAGACGUGGAGCGAUUGCGGAGGAUGCUCAUGUGCGUGCCGUGUGACGAUGGUGUGGAACAGAAUCAGAUGAGGAAAGAAGAAACUGCUAUUCUUGCUAAAGGAGUGAAGAGAAAGAGAGGGCAACACGAGUGCGAUGUGUGCGAGAAGGUGUUUCUUAGUCCAUCCAAAUUGGCCGUACAUAUGCGUAUUCACACGAACGAGAAGCCGUACGAGUGUGAUGUGUGCGAGAAACGUUUUCGUGAAUCUGGUGAUUUGAAAGUCCACAUGCGUAUUCACACGAACGAGAAACCGUAUGAAUGUGAUGUGUGCGAGAGACGUUUUACUCAAUCUCAACAUUUGAAAGCCCACAAGCGUAUUCACACGAACGAGAAACCGUACGAAUGCGAUGUGUGCGAUAAAGCUUUUCGUGAUUCUGGUGAUUUGAAAAAGCACAUGCGCAUUCACACGAAAGAGAAACCGUACGAGUGUGAUGUGUGCGAGAGACGUUUUACUCAAUCUAGUAGUUUGAAAACCCACAUGCGCAUUCACACGAACGAGAAACCGUACGAAUGUGAUGUGUGCGAGAAGUGUUUUCGUGAUUCUAGUAGUUUGAAAAAGCACAUGCGCAUUCACACGAACGAGAAACCGUACGAAUGCGAUGUGUGCCAGAAGCGUUUUCGUCGAUCUGAUCAUUUGAAAGGACACAUGCGUACUCAUCAACAUUAG